AUGGCCGGUCCCGGUGGUGGUCCUCCUCGUCGGAGCCACACCAAGUCCCGGAAGGGAUGUGAAUCUUGCAAGCGCCGCCACAUCAGAUGUGAUGAAAGCUUCCCUCAAUGCCGCAACUGCACCAAGCACAAGGUCCGCUGCCCGUACAACGACAUCACUCAGCCUGAUGAGAGGUCUUGCUCGCCUGACAAGCCCGACCUCAUGUGGACCCCUCAGAUUGAGGAGGAGAUCAACCAGUGGAAGGUUACCGGGGUGUUCCCAUUCCCGCACAUCUAUCCUGCACCGACACCCUGUGACUUGACUCUGGACCAGCUCAGGCUGAUCCACCAUGUUGCGUCCAUCAGCGAGCAGAUGGAGAGCCUCAAUGCCAAUGGCUUCACGCUUUGGACGCGGCGGAUUCCCACAAUCAUCCAGAUCGGUGCUACCUACGACUAUGUCUUGCAUGCGCUGCUGGCGUUUUCCGCCACGCACCUUGCGCACCUGACCGACUGCCCAUUGGUGGGCAACAUGGCCUACGAGCACCGGGGCAUUGCGCUGAACCGCCUUCAGGAAGCCAUCGGCUGCUUCUCGAGGGAGAACUCCGACGCCAUCCUGGCGGCUUCGCUCGUGCUGUCGUGGCAAGCUACGGAUUGGAAGAGCUGGACCGAACUCAUGCAAGGAACCUCAACGAUUAUCGAUGCCAUGGAAUCCUGGAAACACGAGUCCCUUUUUGGCGACUUCAUCGCCGAGAGCAGCACGUUCCCUACCGGCCCUCCGUCGCCCACCCCGGACCACCAGCCCAGCCAGCCAUGCGCUGCCGACAUGGACAGUUACCAGCGGACUCUGAAGCAGCUGCAGAAGCUCGAGCACCAUCUGAAGCAGAGCCAUGAGAGCCCCAAGCCCAUCACGCAGCUCAUUGCCUUCAUGAAGGGCUCUCGCAAGAUCGUCUUAACCCAGCCUUUGCACCAGCAGUUUGAGCGCCUUAGGGCGUUGCGCACCUGGCUGUUCUGGCUUCCUGUCGAUAUGCUGCAGCAGAGCAGUUGCUCCCCCAACUCGUUGGUCGUGAUUGCUCACUACUACACGGCCGCUUUGCUGAUGGAGCGUCUUUUCCCCGACAUUGGUGCAGCCUACUUUGGAAGCCUUACCGUCAAGCCUAUCGAGGAAAUCCAUCAACGUCUCAGCUGCUCGGAGAGGGGCCAGACCUCUCUCAGUUUCAUGGAUCACCCCCUCGGCACAGUCUACGAGUUCCGCUCCCGCAUGGGUUGGGCCCAUCCUGUUGACACGCCCGCAUUCCAUCAGUACACGGCGCCGCCCUUCUACAUGAACGACGGUUCACCGGCCAUGGUUCCCGCUGCUUCUCCAGAGUACUUCUAUGGAGACAGCGUGUCAUUCAGCUACAGCACCGAGGACCUGUCUGUUCCCAACAGCGCUGUCAGCCCUCUGCAGCUGUCAUCCCCGUUCCCUCACUCUGGCAACCAGCAGUAUCUUAACAUCCCUAGCCCCUACGGCGCCUACAGUCCCGUCUCGAGCGUCUAUGGCGACUUUGGCGACGCCGGCCACAGCGACUUCGAAGAUUCUGGAAACUGGACGGUCCCCUACUCAGCCGCCUCUCCCGUCAUGGGUCCUGCCAGCCACCGCUACAGUGUCGGGUUCGUUUCUUCUCCAAUCCAGUCCACGUGGGCCUAG